UACACGGUGAGGAGAAAUAUUGCCCCGUUAGCGAAUACGCCUCCGGUAUAUAAAGGGAGGGCUGGGGAGGAUCGGGCGCUGUGCGCACCGGAGCCCACAAGUGAGAGGACGCUUACACUGCAGCCGCGAUGAGUUAUACGCUGGACACCAUAGGGAAUCCCUACAGGAGAGGGAUGGACACCAGGAUCAGCUACAGCCGCACUAGCAGCUCGCCGUCCAGCGGCUUCCGCUCGCAGUCGUGGUCGCGGGCGAGUCCCACUUUCUCCAAGAGGAAUGUCAGCGGGCCGGUGGCCCGGGCGUACAGCUCCGUAGUGCUCAGCUCCUCCGACAGCGUUGACUUUAGCCAGACAUCGGUGUUUAAUGGGGACUACAAGCGCUCCAACGAGAAGGAGCAGCUGCAGGGACUGAACGACCGCUUCGCCGUCUACAUCGACAAAGUGCACUACCUGGAGCAGCAGAACAAGCAUAUCGAGGCGGAGAUCCAGGCGCUGCGGCAGAAGCAGGUGUCGCAAUCCCAGCUUGGCGACGUGUACGACCAGGAGCUGGGCGAGCUGCGUUCUGUGUUGGAGCAGAUCCACCGCGACAAGGCACAGAUCCAGCUGGACACGGAGCACAUCGAAGAGGACAUCCAGAGGUUGAAGGAGCGAUUGGACGAUGAAGCACGCAUCAGGGAGGAGACGGAAGCCGUUAUCCGUGCCAUGAAGAAGGACAUGGGUGACUCGGCGCUGGCCAAAGACGAACUGGACAAAAAAGUUCAGUCCCUCCAAGAGGAGCUGGCGUUCAUCCGCAAGAACCACGAAGAGGAGGUGGGCGAGCUCUUGGCGCAAGUGCAGGCGUCCCAGGUGACCAUGGAGAGACGGGACUAUCAGAAGGCCGACAUCACUGAGGCGCUCCGGGAGAUCCGCUCGCAGCUGGAGGGUCACUCCUCGCAGAACCUGCAGCAGGUGGAGGACUGGUUCAUGUGCCGUUACGCCAAGCUGACCGAGGCUGCCGAGCAGAACAAGGACGCCAUCAAGUCCGCCCGGGAUGAGAUCGCAGAGUACCGCCGCCAGCUUCAGACCAAGACCGUCGAGCUGGAAUCGGUCCGGGGCACCAAAGAGUCGCUGGAGAGGCAGCUAAAUGACAUCGAGGACCGGCACAACAGCGACCUGGCGAGCCUCCAGGAGACCAUCAAUCAGCUAGAUAAUGAAUUGAAAGGGACAAAAUGGGAGAUGGCCCGACACCUGCGCGAGUACCAAGACCUGUUAAACGUCAAGAUGGCUCUGGACAUCGAGAUCGCCGCCUACAGAAAACUCCUGGAGGGGGAGGAGACCCAUUUUAGCUCAUUCCCAUACCGGCAGCCGGUCAGCACCACCAAGGGGCUAAAGACUAAGGGAGAUCCAUCAAGAUUGAAAGUGCAGCACAAGUUUGUGGAGGAGAUCAUUGAGGAGACACGUGUGGAGGACGAGAAGUCGGAAAUGGAUGAGAUCCUAGCAGAAGCAGCAGAAGAGCUGUCCGCUGUGACUGGUGAUGAGGAAGAGAAGGCAGGAGAGGAGCUAGAGGAAGGAGAGGAAGAGGUGAAAGAGGAUGAGAUAGUGGCCACCACUGAAAGUGGGGUAAGUGUUAUGCCCGAGGAGCAGGGAGAGGAGGGAGAGAAAGAGGAGGAUGAAAAAGAGGAAGGAGAAGGGGAAGGUGAAGAGGAAGGAAAGGAGGAGGAGAUUGAGGCAGAAGAAGAGGGAAAAGAACAAGAGGAGACAGCAGAGGAAACUGUCCCAAGUGCUACUGCUGCAAAGUCAGAAGCUGCCCCUGAUGCAGGAGCAAGUGGUGGUGAGGAAGAGGGAGAGGAAGAGGAAAAGACAGAGGAUAAAGCAGACGAUGAGUCAGCCAGUGACAAAGGAUCAAAAGAUGGCGACGAGAAGGAAGCAGUGCAAGAAGAGGAAGUAGCUGAGGGCAGGGAGGAAGAGCAGGCGGAGUCUUCACCAGGAGAGGAGCCGACGGCCAAGGAGGAAGCUGGCAAGGAAAGGGAAUCUAAGGAAGAGGCAGCAAAGGAAAGUCCUCCCAAGACAAGCCCAGUCACGGAAGAAGUACCUAAGAAAAGUCCAGUAGCAGAAGAAACACCCAAGAAAAGUCCAGUCAAGGAAGUUCCACCUAAGGAAAGCCCAGUCAAAGAAGGACCAACCAAGGAAAGCCCAGUCAAAGAAGGACCAACCAAGGAAAGCCCAGUCAAAGAAGGACCAACCAAGGAAAGUCCAGUCAAAGAAGGACCAACCAAGGAAAGUCCAGUCAAAGAAGGACCAACCAAGGAAAGUCCAGCCAAAGAAAGUGAAGUCAAGGACAAACCACCCAAAGAAAGUCAAGCUAAGGAGGAACCAGCUAAGGUGGAAGGGGAAAAGGUAGUUAAAAAGAGUGAUUCUGAGGUAGAGCAGGAGAAGACAGAGAAGAAGGAUGCAGCCAUGAAUGGGGAGGUAGAGAAGGGAAGUCCAAAGGAGGAAGAGAAGACAGAGGCAGACGAGAAGGACGUGAUCGCUAAUGGAGUGGACGAGAGCCCCAUCAAAGAAGAGCCUGGCCAGAAAGUGGUCAUUACCAAGACGGUGGAGACCAUCACCACAGGUGAGGGUGGGGAGAAGCAUGUCACCAAAUCCGUGACUGUCACUGAGACAGUGAAGCAGCUGGAUGAAAUGACAGAGAAGGUGGUUUCCAGCAAGAAGGUGGAGAAGGUUACCUCUCAAUCUGUCAAGCAGGUCACAGAGACAGAAUAAACACUUCAAAAACAAAUAGCUGAGGUUGGAAGAAGAGGUAGGCAAUUAAUAAAGGCAUAAUAAUGUAAUUAAUUAAAUCUAACAGCUGAAAAGAUUACACUAUAACAUUCACUCAGAGAAACGCUGAGAAGGUCUAUAUGACAUGAAAAUAUAAUUCAAAACUGCAUGUCAGUGAGUGCUUUAAAUGGGCUUUAUUGCAGAUGGGUGUGGAGGGGGCUGUCCAGGAGUUCUUAACUUUUUUGGGGUGAUUAUUGUUUCCACAGUGUGGGGGGGGGGGGGGGUUUGGGGUGGGGGCAUUUGCAUGCGAGUUCGACAGAAGAGCACCCCCGUCCCCCCAAAAGUGGGAGAUGGAGCACUUGAUUGUAAAUAACCGAAUAUGAGACAAAUGGGUGACAAGAGGCAGGUGGUUGGUGGGGGGGGGGGGGGGAUGUGAGGACAGUAAUGUACAUUCACAAGUGGAAGCCUUAUUUACGCAAGGAGUCAGCUGAGCCAAAUAAACAAUAAAGGACUCUAGUAAUAACGCAUCGCAACGGGAGGUCAGGUGAGCAGACGGCCCAACACACAGAACAGGCCACGCCGGAAGCCAACUGUAACUGACUGUACCUGAGCAUUAAAACGUAGCCUUAAACAUGCUUCUUCUUGUUGUCUGUUAUGUUUACCUUAUGAGUGCAAUAAAAAAUAAAACGAGCACGUGCACAUAAAUG